AUGUGUAUUCAGCACAUUCCAAGUCCCAUUGAGGCUGCGCCAAUUAAAGUUGCUCAUACUUAUACUGGUCCACACGGCGCACCUGCCACUCGCGAUAUGCUAAAGUGUGAUAUGCAAUGUCGCCUUAUGGUGCACACCACUAAGCUUUACCCUGACAAGGAUGCCAUCGCCUUUCAUGCCUUUGGUCGCGUCUUGUCUGGAACUCUCGAAGCUGGCCAGUCCAUACGUGUCUUGGGAGAAAAUUAUUCUUUGAAUGAUGAGGAGGAUUCGAGGCUGGCAACAGUCGGCCGACUUUGGAUUUCUGUUGCUAGGUAA